GUGCCUCUUGGUUCAUACACACAUAUAUAAUAUACCCACUACACCAUACACACACUUCUCUUCUCUGUUAUGCGAAUGCUUAUUUGGGCUUCCCCAUUUGCUUCAUUCUGAACAAAUCCAUACCCAGAAGACACCAAUCUCUGUUAGCGCUCUACGCUUCUUCUAUCUCUUUCUCUGUUGCAUUUUACCACGUGGGUGCCUGUUUUUUUCAUCCUCGCUUAAUGCACCAUAAUGAUCCGUUUAUUUGGUUUCUCAGUUUCUGACGAUCUGAAAUUGAAGUUUAGAUCUAGGCCAAAAUUAUAGAGAUUUGAUUUGGUUUUUCUGUGAUUCUAGAAUAUGAGGGGAGCUUUGUGGCAACUUGGGCAAUCAAUCACUCGCCGUCUUGCCCAUGGAGACAAAAAGGCUGUUGCUCGUCGAUGUUUUGCCACAGAAGCUGAGCUGAAAAAGACAGUGUUUUAUGAUUUCCAUGUUGCUAAUGGUGGGAAGAUGGUUCCUUUUGCUGGAUGGAACAUGCCAAUUCAAUACAAGGACUCAAUCAUGGACUCAACCAUAAAUUGUAGGCAGAAUGGUAGCCUUUUUGAUGUUUCUCAUAUGUGUGGGCUAAGCCUCAAGGGAAAGGACUCUGUCCAAUUCCUUGAAAAGCUAGUCAUUGCUGAUGUUGCCGGGCUUGCCCCUGGAACUGGGACAUUGACUGUUUUCACAAACGAAAAGGGAGGGGCAAUUGAUGAUUCAGUUAUUACUAAGGUGACGGAUGACCACAUAUACUUGGUUGUGAAUGCUGGGUGCAGGGAUAAAGAUCUGGCUCAUAUUGAGGCGCAUAUGAAGGCAUUCAAGGCCAAAGGUGGUGAUGUGUCGUGGCACAUCCAUGAUGAGAGAUCUCUACUUGCUCUGCAGGGUCCACUUGCUGCCCCUGUUCUUCAACACCUGACAAAAGAGGAUUUAAGUAAGCUAUACUUUGGGGAGUUCCGUGUGUUGGAUAUCAAUGGCUCACAGUGCUUUCUUACACGGACAGGGUACACUGGAGAAGACGGAUUUGAAAUAUCAGUUCCUUCGGAGCAUGGAGUAGAUCUCGCCAAGGCAAUACUGGAAAAAUCUGAAGGGAAAAUAAGAUUGACAGGAUUGGGUGCUAGAGAUAGUCUGCGACUUGAAGCUGGAUUGUGCUUAUACGGGAAUGACUUGGAACAACACAUUACACCUAUUGAGGCAGGACUCACAUGGGCUAUAGGGAAGAGGAGGAGAGCAGAAGGUGGUUUUCUUGGAGCUGAUGUUAUCCUGAAACAGCUUGAAGGAGGUCCUUCCAUCAGGCGUGUUGGUUUCGUUUCUUCAGGUCCACCUCCUAGAAGCCACAGUGAGAUUCAAGAUGAAGGAGGCAAGAACAUUGGGGAGAUCACAAGUGGUGGAUUCAGUCCUUGCCUACAGAAGAACAUAGCCAUGGGAUAUGUGAAAUCUGGAUUGCACAAGGCUGGCACCAAAGUAAAGAUUAUUAUUCGAGGAAAAGCCAAUGAAGGGGUCGUUACGAAAAUGCCAUUUGUUCCAACAAAAUACUACAAGCCAUCUUGAUUUACUUCCAACGUUUUUUAUCUCAAACAUUUUCAAAUUACGCCCCCAUGUUGACAAUUUUUCCCAUUAUCUGAGUGUUACAGUCAAUGUUAAUGUCAUUAUCUUUCUCACAUAAAAUACUAGGCUCUCUCUUGCAUUCAUAACUCGAUAUCAAUUCUCAGAUAUGUAUGAGUUGAAUUUCACAAAUAUUAUCAUGAUAUUUCUCGACAUUUUCCCAGCCAAUUACCAAGUUAGAAUUAUCCACUAUACAUCCUUGAAACUCAAGUAACCAUUCUGAAGUUAUCAAGAAACAAUAAUGUUUCAUGUUGAAACAGUUGAUUGUGGUUCUAUUGUCAGACUAGCGUUCACAGGGUUAUGUCCAGGAAAUGAUGAUGAUGUUGUACAAUCUCUACAACUAUUGUUCACACAGUUGCUCAAAAGAUGGAAAAUUAGAACUACGGCAUUGCAAUUUCAACAUAAUAACCAACACAUCCUUUGUUUUCUAAUUAUUUCUAACAAUGGGGAUGGUGGGAAGUGAAAAACGCAUAUUGGAUCGUAUGGAUAAUAUGACCAGCUAACUUGCGUGAAUCAAUCCUAUAGCAUGGUGAGCCAUUUGUUCAAAAUCUAGUGCCAAGGUGAACAAAAGGGUGUUAUUCUUUUAAAAUAGAUCAUUUGGCUCAUAUUUAUGUUGUAUACUAGUAUCUUAUACACAUUUAUGAGAUGCACAACGACCUAUGUUGU